CUAUUCACAAGCGUAGAGCUCAACAACGAAGAAAGGGGGUGUGUGAAAUUAUUGGCAGUGUUUCAGGUGGCUCCAGGAGACACCUAAAGCGGGACUUGCCAGUGUGUUUGAGGGAGAGAGUGUGUAUAUGUGCAUACGUCCGUGCGUGCGCGUGUGUGUGGAGCAGCCAACACACACUUGCAUUCGCUCACAACAUGGCGAUGAAGCGCCGAGAGACACGACGGCUCUCUCCCAACUAAAUGCGACCCUGUUCUGAGUGAAAGCAGGGGACUAUGUCAAAGGGAUAUACCUGAACUAAUAGCCAACUAAUAGCCUACUUCAGAGAGGGGAUUAUUGCGGAUUCCAUUAUAUAUACAUGUUGCUAGCGGUAUAGCUGGCUGUAGAGACCCGCACGCUGCUUUACCCCUCUGCUGGAAAUCAAUGCUUUACAUGGCGGUGGAGACUAUCUGGGUUUUCUAUCUACUUUCGUUGGGCUUCUGUGGACCAUCCGUUCAAGUGAAGCCUGUGACGGUGGAGCUGAGCUGUGGGGCGGGGCCUGUCCUCGUGGUGCUGGAGCCGGGACAGCCUCUGCUGCUGGACUGUCACCUGGGGGCCACGCCCCUGGACACGCCCCUCAACGUCACCUGGCUGCAGGAUGGGCUCCCCGUACUGGAGGGUGACUCCCUCAGGACCCUGGCCAACGGCUCACUGCUGGUGCUGCCCACCUCUGUGGAUGGCCGGACGCCUCAAGGGGUGGAGGGGGGCUACAGCUGUGUGAGUGCCGGCCCUUUUGGAGCUCUGACCAGCCGCACCAUCACCGUUCACCUGGCCACGCUGUCUUCGUUUCCAUCAGGACCCAGAGGCCCAGGUGGUGCCCGUGGGGGGUGCUUCUCCGCUUUGGAGUCCAGAUAG